UCGCGAUUUGAACGAUCGACGAGCGACUUUGUGCGAUAAAGGAAAAUUCUCUUGAAAAAUUGACCGAUUUCUCGUCGCAAUCCAUGUAAAUUUCGAUACCAAAUUGGAGACAAUUUAAAAUAGGAUAUUCUUGUCUGUUUGAGCGAUCGAUCCCUAAUUGCGAUUGACAUAACCAUCGAUAUUAAAUUAAAUUAACUAUAUUAGUGAUAAACUAUAUUAGUGAUCUGAAGAUUGCUAAUUACGACCUACGUGUAUACGUAAUUAUUACAAUUUUUGUUACCAAAAUGAAUACUAUGCAUAUAUUUUAUUUUCAUAUUUACACACAUCCAUCAGAAUAUACAUUUGCAUAAAAGUUUGAGAUCUACAUAUAACCUUCGGUACGACAAUAAAUUAUAAAAUAAAGUAUCGUUAUAUAUUACAUAACACUUAUAACAUCUUUUUGCUGUUACUAUAUUGCCGGUUUAGAAAACGGAUUGUUACCAAAAGAAUAAACUGAAGCAGACGUUUUAACAAAUUGUAAAUCAAAACGAUGAAUAAUACAAAUAAGUGCAAUCUUUCUGAACUACAAGAAGUAGGUUCUCAUCAUGUUGAAAUGAAGACAAAUAAGUAGAAUUGAAUCUUUUAUGGAAAUUGUGCCAAAAGAAAAAAUUGUUAGCUUAUUAUAUUUGAAAAAAUAGUCAUUCGUUUGAACGUUGAAAAUUGUGCAAAUUGCACGUCAAGUAUAAAAGAUGGAGGCGAACUUACAAGCGACAAGUGGGAAUUGCGCAACGCUUGCAAAGUUUCAUUUGCAUAAGCGUGCAAGUAUUAUCAACUAAACUCAAUCUAACAAAUUUUUUCCUUAUUCCAACUCGCUCUUUGUUAAGUCUAAGCUGGCAUAAUAAUCUUCUUCGUUGCGCAAACGAAAAAAGAAAGAAAGCGGUGCCUCAUAGGGUGUUCGAAAGUGGCGCGUUAAUCAAGUGUCACGUGAUAGGUAGUUGAUUAAUAUUGGAGAUCCGUCAUGGUCGAUCGCGUGUGACAAAAAUCGUCAAAGGUGUUUACGACUUCGUAAAAGUCACUGUAAAAUUUGUACCAAACGCUAUAAAACAAAGGAACGUAAAAAUAAUUUAAAAAUUAAAACUAUUAAAGUGUUGAAUAUGUGCGUGAAACCAUUAAAUGUUUGAUUUGUGUAAAUGUGUUGGUCCGACGCGAAAACGUUUAGACUGGCAAAUUAUUGAAAAUAUGCGAUAAGAUCCAUGAUUCAGCACGAAGUUACUAAAACUAAUCGAGAAAAAAGAUGUUGCAAGGGUAAUAAACAUGGUGGGAGAUAAACAGAGACGUCGAAGUGUGAGCGAAAUGCUCGAUUGGCGAUGUGUCGUCAGGAAUAAAGGGGACGAUAUGGACGAUACAUGCAUGAACGUGCCCUUCCUCGAGGACUACGACAAGGAUACGAAAAUGCGUCGCAGGAAACGUUCCGGUACUUGGCCGAGAACUAGAAGUCUAAAUGCACCUAGUCCCAUACAACAAUUUGGGCCAUGUGGGCGUAUCAUGAAAAAUUCAGCAAUGAUCAUGACCAUUCAGGAUCCAGCCUCUCAGAGGUUGACAUGGUAUAAACCGCCACUCACUGUUCUAGUCAUCAAGAAGGUCCGUGAUAACUCGGUAUUGCCACCGUUUGUACAAUUGGUUACGUGGCUAAUAGAAGAAAAACGAAUGGUAGUGUUCGUCGAGGCGUCUGUUCUGGAAGAUCCAGCCUUAGCUAGGGACCUCAGAUUUCAGGAAGUUCGAGAUAGGCUACAAACUUUCAGAGAUGGCACGGACGACCUUCAGGAUCGUAUUGAUUUCAUCGUCUGUUUGGGAGGAGAUGGAACUCUUUUAUACGCUAGUUUAUUAUUUCAACAAUCCGUACCACCAGUCAUGGCAUUUCACCUUGGGUCGUUAGGAUUUCUCACGCCUUUCGAGUUCGAUAAUUUCCAGGAGCAAGUAACAAAUGUACUAGAAGGCCACGCGGCCUUGACCCUGAGGAGCAGGCUGAGAUGUAUCAUCAUGAGGAAAGGAGAAGAAGAUAAGGAGGCGAAUCCACCAACGAAUUUGCUGGUGCUGAACGAGGUCGUGGUGGAUCGAGGCCCGUCCCCAUACCUCUCGAACAUCGACCUCUUCAUCGACGGCAAACACGUGACCAGUGUGCAGGGUGACGGCCUGAUCGUGAGCACGCCGACCGGGUCGACUGCGUACGCUGUUGCGGCUGGAGCCAGCAUGAUUCAUCCUUCAGUACCUGCGAUUAUGAUCACUCCGAUCUGCCCUCACUCUUUGUCCUUCAGACCGAUCGUUGUGCCCGCCGGCGUCGAGCUGAAGAUCUCAGUUUCACCGGAUAGCAGGAACACCUCAUGGGUAUCGUUCGAUGGCAGAAAUAGGCAGGAACUUUUUCAUGGCGAUAGUCUAAGAGUAACCACAUCCAUCUACCCAGUGCCCAGCAUUUGCGCUGCGGACCAAAUUACCGAUUGGUUCGAUUCAUUGGCAGAGUGUUUGCAUUGGAACGUACGCAAGAAGCAGAAACACUUGGACGAACUAAGUGAUUUGACCCAUUCAUCCAGUAAUGACACUUUGGACUCUCUAGAUCGCGACAGCUAGGCCAGGCAAGAAAGUCACAAUGCACUGCCUUAAAAACAGAUCUUAAAAGAUCAUUAUGAUUUAUCAGUAAGGUCUGGUCUCAAAGAACUUCAAUGACUCACACGAUCCACGAAAAGAACAAGCCUAACCUGUGUUCAUUUUAUCAUAAGAAUAGAGGAGAAUGAACUCGUCUAGUAGUCGCUGAAGAAACUGAGAAAUCGUACGUACCCUCUAAGCGUCAUUAGGGAUGCAUAAAUUCACGGUACACCGCAACUGAAAGCAACAAAAAGAACCUAAUAGUAUUUGGAUGCGUCGUAAAAAACAGUGGAUUAGCUAUGUUGCAGAAUUGCGAAUUCUUCAAUCCGGAUUCGUUUUUACGAGAUGAAGGAUCAUCAAGAAUUUACGUAUAAUCUAUAAUCUGUUUUCCUGUAUUUCCAACGCUCUACGCUCUACGACGACGUUCUAAUAUGUGAAAUCAUUUCGAAACGGAUCUUCAUUUCCUUUCUUUUCUUCUUCCUUCUUUUUUUCUUAUUGAAUUGAUAGACUUUUGUUAACAUAGACAAUAUUGAAAAUAAGGUUAAGAAACGCGAGUUUCUAUUGUCUAGUAGUAAAAAAUUAUUUAAGAAGUGAUUAUAUCAGAACUAUUAAAUUGAUUUGUGAAAAAAGCAUAGUUAAUACAAUUAUUAAUAUUCCUUAUAAGUAAACAAUAUUAAAGAAAAAAGUGUUGAUUAUAAAAAACAUUUCGCAUCACACAUAUAUAAUUAUUUAUUUUUCAUUAAUGUUGAUGCAUUUUAAUAAGUAUAUGUUUCCUAUGUGGAUUCAUAUUCUGUUAAUGUUAUCAAAUUGGUUCUAUUAAUUGUAACAAAGAGCACAUAACUAAGAAUCAACUAAAGAUAUUGUUGUUGAUAAGUUUUGUGUUUUGACAACGAAUAUGAUCCGGUUAAGGAUCAUUUUUUUGUAAAUGUUGAAUGUACUUUUCCUAUAAAUGAAAAUUUUUAAUAAAGACAUUUUUGUACUGCA